ACUCCCGCGCGGACCAUUCUAAGUCAUUCAUACACGUUGAGUUCAGAAGCUUUUUCUCUCUGGUCUGUUGGCACUUCGUCCACGGCCAAACUAGAAGCGAACGACUUUAUAAUACCAACGAUUGGGAGGUGCAUACGUAUAUUUUCUCUUUGGCGACAUUGCUACAUAACACACUGCAUUCAUAUGCUUAAAAGUUUUACCUUCCCAUCAUCCCCAUUAUUGCAACUUCUACUUUAUCUACUUUAACUUCUUUCAUUCUUUACCUCACCCGGUCUGUGAAACAGAAACUUAUUCAUUGACAAUGCCCCGUCAGCAGAGUCAGAAUUCCAAAGGAUCGCCUUCGCCCGUUCUUUUUGUUGUGCCUCCGUUGCUCAUCCCCGUUCCGCGCUUCGGCACGAUGAGAGGACUGUUGGCCGCAGCGUGCGGUAGUUUUUUUCUGGCCGGCCUACCGGCAUGUCGCGGAUUGCAGCUCAAGUCAGUACAUCAACAUAGUGGUGGUCCUCGCGCACGAAGUGGUUCCUCUUCUCGGCAGCCUCGGAGCCCAACUGGUGCAGCUGCUCACAACGCUAGCAAUAUCCACGGGAAUUACAAAUCGACAAGAGCAUCGUUUUUGUCCUUUGUACGUUGUACUCAUUGCUGCAGCAGAUGCAUGAAUUUAUCUUGUAACAGUAACGAAGGCUCUAUCUCCAUUUCGUAUAUUUUUCUCUAUCAAAGUUGUUGAUGUGCAGGACCGUCCUGCACAAAGUACUAUGAGAAGCAGCAGUAGAAGUUGUGCAAUCAGAAAAUAGAAUGAAAUUGAAAUACAUGCAGCAAACGCUGCUCUCUCACUCUCCUGCUGGAAGUAAGUAGCUUUGAGAUGACCUACGCGCAGCUAAGGUCACAAUGGAAAGCUGUUACUUUUGUUUUUGGGCAAUCACGGGGCCUCUUUGUCUUUCCAUUUCGAUAUCUUCACCGGACAUAUUGUUCGGCACGAACACAGAGCAGCAGGCUAAGGCUCUGGUAAUCGGUGAGAACCACUUCAUGGCUCUUUCCGGACCCCUACGCAGCAUGCUUCGGAACCUUGCCGAGCGCAAGCAGAUUGAGCUCUUCGAAGAAACGUCGGAGGACGUUGAUUCCGAGUUAGAGGACCCUCAUCUGUACUUUCUCGCGCAUGUUAGUAACCUUGUAGCCAGGCUGAAUCAGGCUGAAGUGCCAGAUGCAGAUGGCAUCGGUUUUGUCCUGCGAUGUUUCAAACGCGACAGCACGACAUUCGUAUCAUUAAGUGUUGAGGAGAAGCGGCAGCUAGUGAAAGUCGCAGGUGAUGCUAUCAUGGGCGAAGCUAUGCAGCAGCAGAGCCACGUGCUGGAUGGAAUUUUUCCAUCGGGUUCUCGAGACCAAGAAAUCCUGGAAGAGGCCAGCGCUUUAACGAAGGCUCUCAAGUUAAUGCUUUUCCCGGACGCGAGAAGUGACAGUGAGCUUUUUGACGUACGAGACGACAUUCCAGUGCUAAGUCUAAGACCAGCCGGUAGGGAGCGCUGGACGCCCUUUGAUGCCGUGGAGUUUGAUAUUUACCAACUUUCUCGCGGCAAGCGGACGAGGCGCGAGCUGGAAGAGGCGAAGGCUGGAAUGUAUGUGCCGACUUAUGCCGUCGAACACUACCUGGCUCAUGAUGUCUCGGAAGGUUUCCUUUUCCGAGAACACUUUUUACGAGGUGCAGACUUUUCGUCUAUUGGACCGACCAAUGCGCACAUUCAACAAAUCGAGAAGGUUAUGCCGCGUCGCGUUGAUCUCCUCCGGUGCGGGCUGGAAGCUAUCCAGGCCUGGCUGGCGCAGAAGGUCAACGAAACGUACCUCCAAGGCGCCUGGAAGCUGCCCUCGAUUUUUCCGGAGGGAUCGAACAUGACAGAAGAGGAGCGUGCUCAGAUGGAGUUGCUGCGGGCAAGUUUAUCUCCUGAUGCAGCACCGUCGCUCCUGAUCAAGCAACGUCGCGCUUGUCUGGCUCAAGCAACGUCGACGUCGCUCCUGAUCGAGCUCAGAAACCUUGUCUGGAUCCAACGUGUUUUCCAGAAGUGGACCAAGAGAAGCCACGAAGGCCACGUCGACGAGGAGGGUGGCGGUGCUGGUGCCACUACAGCUGCAACGACUCCUUCUGCCCAGCUACUUCCGAAAGUUUUUGUUAUGGGUAACGACCAUGUGCCCCAUUUCGUUAUGCGCCUCAAGCAGGUAGCAGGCGAAGGCCUCCAAAUCGAAACUGCGCGCCUUUUCCGGCAGAAGAGAAGGGAGCCUGCGAGGAUUGCUACCAGCAGUAGCGGAGCGGAAGGCGCAUCAAUGGAGGACCCCUAUUCGCAUAGCUCGGUGCAUACCGAGUUUCGGGAGAAAUACGAAGAAGAAAAGCGAAGUCUCCGCUCCCGGCCGGCGAUGCAGCUUGAGCUUGACUCGCUCUUGACCAAGGUGACUGACGCGCACCGGGAGAUUACUCGCACUUGUGCAGAAAGGCCUCCUUCCCUGUCCUAUAUUAAUUACGCGAGCACGCCCACCACCCCUCUCCAUGCGCGGACAGAAGGUGACAUGCCACAGGUACUGCGCGAGCGCGACGAGCAAGAAGAAAGGGAUACAGCCGUGGCCGGGAUUUUACAGUGGGAGAUUGACUUUCCUGAAUCGCGACUGGAAACAGAUACUAUCAAACAGAACCAGAAAAAGAAAACGAAAAGUAGACGCUGCUAUCUGUUCCCGAAGUAGAGGGCCGCCCAGACCGGCGCACCGGCGAAGAGUCUUGAUCUUCGAUUCUUUUCCCAUUCCCCGGAAUGAAAUAGAAAUAUUUGCAAUAAAAAUUGCGAAGGCCUGCUGGUGCGGCGUUUGCAGUUUUAAGUAGGCAAUAAUAAUAAAAGUUUCAAAGGACUUGCAAGACAAAAAAUAUCACUAAGACUAAGUGGCUGCAUUGUCAUGAAGUGCGUGCCGCAUGGAAAUAUGAUAUCGGGACUGUAAAAAAGUUGAAAUAUGCAUCUGCUUUUGUUUUCCUCUGGACAGGUGUCGAUGGUUUCCUCAGCGUUCUCCGGUUCCUUGCGGUUGCGACGAAGACGACCAACACGCAGGCGAGCAAAGGUCAUGGUAAAGGAUCCGGCCAGGAGACCGCGUCGCCGCGGCGCAGAUCAACUUCUGCUAGGGCCGCAAGAAGGAGGCGUGGUAGCCCUUCUGCAGCUCAGUAUCGUCGUCCAACCCGGUCGCGUGAAGAUCAUGGGAUUCGCUUCCCCCUGGACGAGGACAACGUGAACGUGAACGACGACCAAGCUGCAGAAGCUGCCCCCGUGCUGCCUCCUGAGCAGCUGCAGGUGGCACAACGUGGUACCCUUCAAGUGCCAGGGGAAGAUGACGAUGAAGAGCAACAUCCUCGGCUUCCGCAUUUCUUUGGAUGAUGCAGUGAGGGCGAGGAGCAAUGCAGGUGGUCGUACUUUUGAGCCUUUUGAUGGGGUUGAAGGUACUGCACCGCGGCGCCAGAAAAAAACAUCAAGCAGAACGAAAAGCCCGGGGAGAAGUCGUAGGAGGUGAGGAUGUCAGCAGUCCGAGUCCUUGUAUGGCCCAUACAAGGCUCUAACUGGAGCUUUCCCAUACUAUGGGAAAGCUUCUGUUGUGUUCAUGUGUGCUGGAUAAAUAUAAGUACUCCCCGGAGUACAUAUGUGAAAGCGAAUUUUUUUGAAAAAAUCGUGAUCGGCAGCUUCGUCUCCUGGUACAUGUAUUUACUGUUUUGGACCUUUUUACUGUUUUGGACCUAUUUACUGUUUUGGAAAAAAAAAAAAAAUUACUGUUUUGGACCGCCGGGAUACCUAACGCAUUCCGUCCUCCCGAUGGCGAACAUUGGAGAGGUGGAUCCCAGGGCGCCACAAGAAUAAACUACAGGCGACCAACAUACUGAUCAUUUCCGAUACUUGUCAUGAAGAUGUAGUAAACACGAUCACGAACCCGUAGUACCCCAGCAAGCACGUCGAUUAUUUUUAUUGAACAGCUAGCUCAGCUUCAGAGAUGCAGAUGACCACGACGAACUACAGCUGUGAAUUUUUUUGAGAGUGCCUAUUUCAAAUUCAAACGAGUAACACAGCUUAUUGUAGCGCAAAUUUUACUUAUUGAAAUUUGCGCUACAUCACCUACAUAGUUAGAAGAAGUCGAACAAGCACCACUAGACUCACAAGAUGAUUCAGUGAGUAGAGAAGCCUAGUAAUGAGCGAAGGACUCCUAAAUACAUGCUUCUGUUUCAUCUGGUUCGAACAUGGCCACCAGGUGGAGGCACCUGGUUCACGAAUGAAGAAUAAAAACGCACCUC